UGAUAAGGCUUGCCGGGUCUGCUGCACUGCACGGGGUCGGACCGGCUUGGCUGUCGCCGCACGCCGUGGAGUGACCGCUGGAUUGUGGCUCCGUGGUUGACGCCGGUCUGGGGGUGGAUGUCACACACGCUGGACUGAGCUGACCGCGACGACCAUGAACAGAUCUUACUCCCUGUCGGGCGAGGGGAGGCGGGAGGACGGCGGUUGUAAAGAAUCCUUUAAGUUUGUUCCGGAAACGGGUACGCCGAUGACCCCGGUGCGUGCAGAGGAUGGCCGAGCCCCCUGCUGCCUGAGCGUAAGUCAGGUGUCCUACACUGUCAGCGAACGUCUAGGUCCAUGGUGGGACCUGGCCUCCUACAAAAAGAAGUGGACGCGGCAGAUCCUCAAUGACGUGUCCUUCCAUGUGGAGAGCGGCCAGAUCAUGGGAAUUCUAGGAAACUCCGGCUCAGGGAAAACCACCCUCCUGGAUGUGAUCUCCGGCCGGAUCGGGAAUGCAGGGCACCUCCAGGGAGAGGUGCUGGUGAAUGGCAGGAAGCUGAAGAGAGAUCAGUUCCAGGACUGCUUCUCUUAUGUGCUACAGAGUGACAACCUUCUCAGCUACCUAACAGUGGAGGAAACCCUGACAUUCACAGCGCAGCUCGCACUGAGGCGGCACUCUGCGGAUGCCAUCCGCAAGAAGGUGGGGGCAGUGAUGGCGGAGCUUAGCCUGAGCCAUGUGGCCCAUAGCGUCAUUGGGGGGCGCAUCUUUCCCGGGAUCUCGGGUGGGGAGAGGAGGCGGGUCUCCAUUGCGAGCCAGCUGCUGCAGGACCCUAAGAUCAUCCUGCUGGAUGAGCCAACCACAGGUCUGGACAGCAUGACAGCCAAUCAGAUAGUGGUCCUUCUGGCUGAGCUGGCCAAGAGGGACCGUAUCGUCAUAGUAACCAUCCACCAGCCCCGUUCCGAGCUCUUUAAGGUGUUCAGCAGGAUAGCCAUCAUGAGCCUGGGGGAGCUGGUGUUCUGCGGGCAGCCAGAAGAGAUGGUGGAUUUCUUCAGUGACUGUGGAUAUGAGUGUCCUGAGUACUGCAACCCCUUUGACAUCUACGUGGAUCUGACAUCAGUGGACACGCGAUGCAGUGAGAGAGAGGCCAGCACCUACAGCCGGAUGCAUGAUAUCGCCUCGACCUACCAGAGCUCCAGCAUCUACCAGCGCAUGGUGGGCUGCAUGCAGCAGAGCUGCCAGGUGGCCGACAAACCCAGCAUUCCCUUCAAGAGCAAGCAGUCGCCCAGCGGUCUGGCCAAGCUCGCGGUUCUCUUCAGGAGGACAGUGAGGAACCUGGCAAGAGACCGAAUGGGGGUUCUGAUGCGCCUGUCCCAGAACCUCAUUUACGGACUCUUCGUGGCCUUCUUCGUCAUGAAGCUGGACACCAACAUCAAGAAGGGCGCGGUGCAGGACCGAAUCGGCGUCAUCUACCAGUCCAUGGGCGCAUCGCCCUACACGGGCAUGCUUAAUGCCGUGGCGUUGUUUCCUGCUCUGAGGGCCAUCAGUGACCAAGAGAGCAGAGACGGGCUCUAUCAGAAGUGGCAGAUGUUCCUGGCCUACAUCCUCCACAUCCUGCCUUUCAGCAUCAUCAGUGUCAUCAUCUUCUCCUCCUUCCUCUACUGGACAGUGGGAAUGCACCCUGACGCCAUGAGAUUCCUCUGCUUCAGCGCCGUCAUCAUGGUGCCCCAUAUAGUGGGUGAACUCCUGACCUUGGUGCUCCUGGGGGUGGUCCAGGACCCCAACAUGGUGAACAGUGGGGUGGCCCUACUCAACAUUGCCGGUAUCCUGCUGGGCUCCGGGUUCCUCAGGAGCAGUCAGGAGAUGCCCACCGUGCUGCAGUGGCUCAGCUACCUCACCUUCCAGAAGUACGGCUGCGAGCUCCUCAUUGUUACGGAAUUCCACGAUCUGAACUUCACCUGUGGAAUCCCUGACGAGAUACCAGGGAACAUCCCAAACCCAUGCAAUCUGUUCAACGGGGAAAAUAUCAUUGAGCAGGGCUACCCAGGUGCCCUCUCCCGCUACACGCAGGACUUCCUGCUGCUCUACGCCUUUCUGCCUGCCCUUGUGCUGCUUGGGAUUAUCAGCUUCAAGGCUCGGGAUCACCUCAUCCGCCGCUGACAGGGUGUAUGAGUGUGUCUGUGGGGAGGAUCCCCACACUUUAAUUUUAAGUUACUCCAUUAUUUAUAUCCAUUGGAGGGACCUCAGAUAUCUGAAAGUUUGUUUAGAACAUUGCAACACAGGUAAUGCAACAUUAAUAUUUUAAUAAACACCUUCCAUGACGAAUAUAGAUAUAAAAACAGAAUGUUUAGCCGGAGUCUCUCUGUGUGUCUUUAACAAGCAAUUUUAUGAGGCAUCUUGGCUUAUUUUGAUUGUACCUGCUUGUACCAAAUGCAUUGUACGAAACUUCACAGAAAUAUCUUUCGCCAAAAAGCUUUUUUUUAAAUUAAAUAUUUGAUGUACCAAAUAA